AUGGCUUUUGCCUUUGGAUGGGAUUGGACUCUAGUAGAAUUGGUGACUUUGCUAGAGUUUAUGUCCUAUACGGGCAUAAGCAAUAUCUGUUUCAGAAGGAUAGUAGCAGAAGAGAAUCAAGAUGUUUUCAUGGAGAUUGGAAAUUGUUUUGGUGAUUUUGUAGAAAUUGAUCGUGAAAUAGAGAAUUGUGAGAAUCUCUUUCAAGCAAGGCUCAGGGUUCAUAAACCCACUUCUGGUCUGUUGAGGACAUUGUGGACUAUUGUGUUUGAUGAAAAAUCUUUCCCAUUAGAAUUAGGGUUUUUCAGAAUAUUGGGAGGUGUAGUCGAGAGGAAUGAUGGAGGUUGUUUGGAGGAGGCGACAUCUUCUAUGACUAUUCAAGGCUCCCUCGAUUUAGUGAGGUGCAAUGACGAUGCCGAAGGCUAUAAGCAAAAUUUUGCCAUGGGUUUUGAGUCAAAUGGAUUGAAGAGAGUAGAUGGAUUUGGGUUUAGCUGA